AACAUCCAAUCCGGAAGACUUAGCAGUUGCCAGUAAGUGAUGCACACUCACAUACAGUGUUAAUGUUUUGUCUGGUUGUGUCGAGUACAUCAAAUUUGCCGUCUUGGUGGUGUAAAAUUCACAAGAAGAUCUGCUAGCUAUUGAUCUCUUUUUGAAAAUCUCUACCUGUCCAACAUACAUGAUCGGCCUUACAGUGGAAAGGAAGAUCCGUCCGAGUGUGUAGCGACGAAGCCAGAGGGUUAAUUCUGCACUGUUUUGUUAGCUAGGUGUUCAAAGUGGACACCAUUUUAUGAUUGUCAAUGUUUCCGACUUCGGGAUAGUUUGAUCAAAAUCGUCUGAAAACACUGGCCUCCGCGUUGUGGAUGGGUUUGCGACUGCUAUAGAAGAGAGGACCAGACAGAGGGUCAUCCUGCACGAUGGAUAUGGCGGAUGAAGCCGAUAUAUGUCGCGUGUGUCGUUCGGAAGGGACCGCGGACAAGCCCCUAUACCACCCCUGCGUCUGCACCGGCAGCAUCAAGUUCAUCCAUCAGGAAUGUCUGGUGCAGUGGCUGAAGCACAGCAGGAAGGAGUACUGUGAAUUAUGCAAGCACAGGUUUGCAUUCACACCAAUCUAUUCCCCAGACAUGCCUUCCCGCCUGCCUAUCCAGGACAUCUGUGCGGGCCUGCUGACCAGUGUGGGGACAGCCAUACGAUACUGGUUCCACUACACACUGGUGGCCUUCGCAUGGCUGGGGGUGGUCCCCCUCACAGCAUGUCGAAUCUACAAGUGUCUGUUUACUGGCUCUGUGAGCUCCCUCUUGACGCUGCCAUUGGACAUGCUCUCUACAGAGAACCUGCUGGCUGACUGUCUGCAGGGCUGUUUCGUGGUGACCUGCACGCUGUGUGCCUUCAUCAGCCUGGUCUGGCUCCGGGAACAGAUUGUCCAUGGUGGCGCCCCCUUGUGGCUGGAGCACCAACAGCAGCCCCAGGCCAAUGCAGCCGGUCAACAGCCCAAUGAGGCUGCAGGACCGGGAGCGGCCGAAAACCCUGCUGCCGCACCCCCUGCCCCCGCUGAUCCCCCAGCUCACAACGAGGCGCAGCCAGAGGCCCCGGACGGCCCCCCAGAGCAGGGGGAGGAGCCGGAACUAGACAACGAGGAAGAGGAAGGGCCGGCGGCUGAAGAUGCAGAGGCCAACAAUGGAGCUCAAGAUGAUAUGAACUGGAAUGCUUUAGAAUGGGACAGAGCAGCAGAGGAGCUUACUUGGGAGAGGAUGCUCGGACUUGAUGGCUCCCUGGUGUUCUUAGAGCAUGUGUUCUGGGUUGUUUCACUGAACACUCUCUUCAUCCUGGUCUUCGCGUUCUGUCCAUAUCACAUUGGUCACUUCUCCGUCGUGGGACUUGGCUUUGAGGAAUAUGUUCAAGCCUCUCACUUUGAAGGCCUGAUCACCACCAUUGUGGGGUACAUCCUUCUGGCCAUGACGCUCAUCCUGUGUCACGGAUUGGCUGCUCUAGUCAGGUUCCAGAGGUCCCGUCGGCUACUGGGUGUCUGCUACAUUGUCGUCAAGGUGUCUCUGCUGGUCGUCGUGGAGAUAGGAGUUUUCCCUCUCAUCUGUGGCUGGUGGCUUGACAUCUGCUCCUUAGAGAUGUUCGAUGCAUCCCUGAAGGACAGGGAGCUGAGUUUUAAGUCUGCUCCGGGCACAACCAUGUUCCUCCACUGGCUGGUGGGGAUGGUCUACGUCUUCUACUUCGCCUCCUUCAUCCUCCUACUGAGAGAGGUGCUGAGGCCCGGUGUCCUGUGGUUCCUGAGAAACCUGAACGACCCGGACUUCAACCCGGUCCAGGAGAUGAUCCACCUCCCCAUCUACCGACACCUCCGCCGGUUCAUCCUGUCCGUGGUGGUGUUUGGCUCCAUUGUCCUCCUCAUGCUGUGGCUCCCCAUCAGGGUUAUCAAGCUGGUCCUCCCGGCCUUCCUGCCCUACAAUGUCAUGCUGUACAGCGACGCCCCGGUCAGUGAGCUGUCCCUGGAGCUGCUCCUGCUGCAGGUGGUUCUGCCAGCCCUGCUGGAACAGGGUCACACGCGCCAGUGGCUCAAAGGCCUGGUCCGGGCCUGGACCGUCAGCGCCGGGUACCUGCUGGACCUCCAUUCCUACCUGCUCGGAGAACAGGAGGACAACGAGGCCAACCAGCCUGUCAACAAUAACAACAACCCGGCUCCUGGCCACCACAACAACAACAACGAUAACCCCGCCCCUGCGGUGGGGGAGGGGCUUCAUGCAGCCCAUCAGGCCAUACUGCAACAGGGCGGACCUGUAGGAUUCCAGCCGUAUCACCGACCACCACGCUUCCCUUUCAGGAUUGUUCUGCUGAUAGGCUUCAUGUGUGUAACCCUGCUGGUGGCCAGCCUGAUGUGUCUGACGUUACCGGUGUUUGCGGGGCGUUGGCUCAUGUCGUUCUGGACGGGGAGCUCUAAGAUCCAUGAGCUGUACACGGCGGCGUGCGGCCUGUAUGUGUGCUGGCUGUCCAUCCGUGGCGCCACGGUUCUUCUGGCCUGGAUGCCCCAGGGACGAACCGUCAUCAUGCUCAAAGCCCAGGAGUGGACGCUCAUGAUCCUGAAGACGCUGGUUGUGGCGCUGCUGGUUGCUGGCGUUAUCCCUCUGCUGUUGGGCCUGCUGUUUGAGCUGGUCAUCGUUGCCCCACUCCGCGUUCCCCUGGACCAGACGCCUCUCUUCUAUCCCUGGCAGGACUGGGCUCUGGGGGUCCUUCAUGCCAAAAUCAUCGCUGCCAUCACCCUCAUGGGACCCCAAUGGUGGCUGAAGACUGUCAUCGAGCAGGUGUACGCCAAUGGCAUCAGGAACAUUGACCUGUACUUUAUCAUCCGUAAGCUGGCGGCCCCCGUCAUCUCCGUGCUGCUGCUGUCCCUGUGUGUCCCCUACGUCAUCGCAGCGGGGAUCGUGCCCGCCAUAGGUGUGACUCCGGAGAUGCAGAUCUUGAUGCAGCGAAGGAUCUAUCCGUUCCUCCUGAUGGUCGUGUCCAUCAUCGGCAUCCUGUCGUUCCAGAUACGACAGUUCAAACGCCUCUACGAACACAUCAAGAACGACAAGUACCUGGUUGGCCAGCGGCUUGUCAACUAUGAGCGCAAGGCUAGGGCAGCUAGCUCUGUCCCGCCCCCAAAUCCCAUCCCAGAGUAGUCAAGUUUGUGUGAGAGGUCUGGACCUUUGUGAAACCACCCUUCUCCUGUGUUCUCCCACUCUGUCGUUCUCAGUCGUGUUCAUGCCUUGUUUUUAAGUGCUGCCUGAGAAUUGUACAUGUGUAAAUACUUUGGAUGCAGACAAGGGUUGUCUGAAAUUGGACAGACUUGGAUUAAUGCAAAUUACCAUUGUACAUCUUUAAAAAGUGUAUGUAUAUUAAUUUAUUAAAUCAAACUGACAAUUUG